CAGAGAGAGGAAUCAAUCCACUCGUGCUGCGCGCGACGCCUACAAUCAGGAUCAGGAAAGGAGCCAUGGCUCGAGCCAAGCCGCGCUCGAACGCGCGAAUGAACCAUUCAAUGUGAAGAACAAAUGAACGGUUCCGCGAUACCACCCACACUCGACAUAUCUCUACACCCUCUCUCUUUCUAUGGUUUCUGUCUCUCUCCCUUCCCUCGUUCAAUUCAAUCCCUAAUUCUCUCUCUCUCUCUCUCUCUCUCUCUCUCUACCUUCACCUUAUCGUCGUCGUCGUCGUCCGCCGUCCUCUAUUUCAGGGAGCAACAUAUAUCAAAAAAGAAGAAUAGGGGAGUAAAAGCAGAGGAGUCAAACAUUAACCCUCAUAUUUCUCUUGAGUGGGAUGGAACUCAGAGAAUGGUGGUUGCUAUAAGGGAUCAAAUUGGCAUUAGUUGGAAUGAUGUGCGGCCAUAUAUUGAUUCUACUUUCACCAGCUACAAUAUUCCGGCAGAUGUUUUUGUUGUUCCGCAUGGCAUUUAUGAACUGAAUAAUCUGGAAGAUGUGCUUACCUACGAGGUUUGGCAGACAGAUCUUUCAGAGAAUGAGAGAAGUGAUCUUAUGCAGUUUCUUCCUAGGGGAUCAGACUCAUCAGAUGCACAGCAAAUUGUGAAAGCAUUGCUUGCUGGGGAUUACUUUAACUUUGGAAACCCUUUUCUUAAAUGGGGUACCUCACUUUGCUCAGGUCAUUUCCAUCCUGAUGUCAUUCUUCGUCGGGAACAGUGUCUUAUGGCUGAGAAGAAGGUGUACUAUAAGGAGUUGCAGAAGUAUCAUAAUGGUUUGAUUGCAUAUUUACUGAACUUGAAGGAGACAUACACCAGAUGUGAGGAUCCUGAAAAGGAUUUUUUGCAGAAAAUAUGGAGGUCAAGAAAAGAUAUGGAGAAAUACAGUUCUUCUCAUGCAAUUGAAUCCAGAUUCUGUGAUCUUGAUGAAAAUGCCACACCUACGUCUGAGUCUGGUUCUUGGGUUGCAGAAGAGAAAGCAUGCUGUAGUGAUAACCAGAUUUCGUCUUUGAUCAAGGGCAGGAAACUUCAGAACAGGUUCUGUGACAAAGGCUUCCCAAUGGACCAAAAUAGACAAAUAUUGCUUACAGAAGAUGAUGCACUUAAUGUAAGAGCAACCCCAAAGAAAGGAGACAAGCUACUCAAGCGUAAUAAUAUUUACAAUAAUGAUGGUGCUAAAUACAUGUCGUAUGUUAAGGUUAGCAAGAAGCAGUAUGAAAUUGUUAAGAGCAUGAAGCAGUCUGGCAGAAGCAUUCAUUUCAGGUCUCUUAACAGGAUUUUAGGUAAUGACUGUAACAUACUACCUUAUCAAGUCUUUGUGGAAGAAGAGCAGAAGAAUUUGCGGAAGCACUGGCUGCAAUUGGCAAGAAAAGAUCUCCCAGUAGCUUAUGAAAUUUGGAUGGAGAUGCGUUUGCAGAGACGGAAAAUGGCAGUUUCUUUGGAGACAAACAUGAAGGAAAGGCUAGAGUCUGUAAUGGAGCAGGAUGAAGGCAAUGAUAACCAUAGUAUGCUUCAGGAUGAGCUUGAAGUGGGGAAUCAUGAAUCUACCGUGCAUGAUGAAGAAAAGCCUGUACCUGAUAUGCCACAAGGGGAGGACUUCCGCAUGGAAGGAGAUGAGAAGUCUCAGCAGUUUACUGAUGGGUUUGAGUGCAACCUCACAGAUAUAGAUUCUGAAAAACAUAUGUGCAUACAAUCAGAUAAGGAUUCUGAGAAAAACGUCAUUACAGUAUCUGAUCAUUCUCCUCCAAACUUGUCAGAGUACUCGGGGAAUCUGAACAUUGCACAUGCCACUGUAAGUCAGGAAGCUCGUUUGUGUUCUGGUGGAGAUGCCUGGAAGGCAGUCAGCAUGCCACUUUCUUACCAUGAUUCUUCUGCAAACCAUGAAUAUGCAUCUGUCUGUGAAUUUUCGGCUAUGCUUCCACAAGUUAAUGACCUGCAUCAGACAUGCAUACUAGAUCUGGAAUCUGAUUUGCCUGCGGGAAACAUGGGGAAGGAUCUAUCGCACAAACAAUCAGAUAAUGGCUCCUUCAAUUCUUACCUAAACCAAGAUCGAAAUGAAUUGCUUCAGUCGCUCUUUAAGGGCCAGGGCAUGUUAUCCUACCCUUUGCAGAAACAGGCUGGGUUUGAUUUCCGGCCACCAAACAGUGUGUUUAUGAGUAACGGUCAGUAUCCCAUGCAUUUUGAGGAGCAGCAGCACCAGUCACUGCCUCUGGAGCUGGGGCAGAAGAGAGACAAUGGUGUCUACAUGCCUCAAAACUUAACUGAGAGCAUGUAUUCUGAUGGAGGUAAAUACCUAACUCCGAGGCAGCAGCAUCUUACUCCAGUCAAUUUGCAGGAUUGGAAUGUCAGGAGUGUUCGGAUGCCAGGACCUCUCCAAUCUCACUCAAGUUGUGGAGACACGUUGAGUCAGUAUUGGUUGUCUAGUGAGCAUCCAGUUCAUGGUGGAUGGUCCGGGUUAGACGCUGCUAACAUCACAAGUCACAACAUUGGGAGUGGAAGUGCUGCGAAUGAGAGCUUAUUUAGUGUCCUAUCUCAUUGUAACCAAUUACGUUCAGGUAACCCUUAUCAUUUAGCUGGCUCCACUGACCAGUUCAUUUCUCCUAGGAGCCAUGGAAUGAUGAGUGGGGUUACCCCACGGAUAGGCAAUGUUCUACCACAAGCAGCUCAUGCACUUGAUUAUUUGGGUGGCCGCGAAGCAGCUACUUCCGUGAUGCAUGAUGAUAUGCAAUGGAUGAACUUACCCCAUCAGAACUCUGGUUUAUGUGAUCCAAUGGGAAAAUCAUUCUUGAGGUCGUGGAACCGAUGACAUCUAUUUUUUUCCAUAUUGGGACUGCGUAUACGGUUGGUUCAGAGGCCGGACAGGACAACAAAUGCAAAUACAAGAGGCUUGUAAAACAAUUUUUUUGACUUGAUAUAGGUGAUGCAGAGGAGGGGAAUGGUGAUGACGCAUUUGAGGUUACUGGAGGUCACAGAAGAUGAAAAAGUAAAGCUGGAGAUAGGUUCUGUACAUACCUAUACAAGGGCUAUAGCAACCAUGUACAUAUGUUAGAUGAGCAGGCAGGUAGCAGCUGGGGGGUUGUGGGAUUUUUUGGACAAAUCCAGGUACUCUAAUUCAUUAGCUGAGUUACAUUCUAGAGUUUAAUUUUCCUGGGAUUUUUUUUAUAUUUUCUUUUCUCUGUUGAGAUUUUUUUUCAAUAAAUUUUGGAGGCUUAAAUUUUUGUGGAGGCAAAUGCUGGUUACAUAAUGAAGGUCUUUUAAGUUUAGUAUCAUUUUUAUGUUUGUUGGUAUUGCCAAAGUGCAAGUGUUUUCAUCAUGAUUUGUUCUUAAGCUGGAAGCACUUCCAAAAUACUAUAUUACACUAAAUUCGCCUUAAAUUCGAUGGUAUGAUGUUGAAUGAUUCGCU